CCUGUACAUUCCUGGUUCAUGCUCAUUGAUCUCAGCAGGUAGAGGCCUCCUGGCGGACAUAAACGGACAACAAAGCCUUCGACCUCAUUGCGUCAUGUCGUCGGACCAUUCUCAUGCCAGUCUGAGGAGGCCAAAUGCGAUCCCUACCAAUAUGAUUUCCUACAAGGGCAAGCAGAUGCCGGCUCGCAUCGAUCCCGAGGCUCGGGUCGCCAAAGUCAUCGAGGUCAUGACAACCACCUUCGGUGCGAGUGAGCAUCAUAUUACGCUCUGCUUGCGGGACGAGGCGGAUAGAUUGGUCACUCAAGGAAACUUGGCCACCAAAGUGGCUGAUCAUGCGGCUCUCAAGCUCGUGCCUUCACCCAUGACAGAAGCUCUUACCGUUGUGAACUCCCUGCGACUCUCUGCUGAGAAUAUGGGCCCCGAUGGAGCGGACGCCUCCUCUCCUGAGAAGAACAAUAUUCCUUUGAAGUUGGCGCUCUUCAAUCUAUCGAAGUACGUCAGAGAGGAGGAGUUCUCUGUGGAAUUCAUGAUUCGAGGAGGGGUAAAGCUUUUGGUUCAACUGCUCGAGCAGAAAGACGGUGGGCUUACCGGAAACAGCCUUGCUUACGCCUCACAAGGCGUGAGAGGCAUACUGGAGUUUGAAUCGGGAUGGGAAGACCUCACGGACGAAUUCAUCAACCGGGUGCUGCACCUCUUGAUCUCUGGAACACAACCCAAUAUUCUGCGCCCGACCACAGCCAUUGUCCGCAAAUUAAUCAUAUCCUCUCCUCAAGUCGACAUAGCGCGCCAGAGGGCUCAUUUGAGAGCCAGAUCCAAGGGCAAGGGCAAAGAAAAGGAGACGCCGGAACCUCCUACUUCUCCACUGAUCCAAUAUGGGUUUGAUAAGGUCUUCCUCCGCAUGGAAGGGGUAGAAUCAACUGAUGGCGCUAUGGGAGUCUUCAGAGUGGUAGUCAAAAGACUCGAAGGAACAGGUGACCUGGAAUUGGUGGCUCAGAGUCUUGGCCUCGUGAAUGUCUCUCUGCGUUCCGCACAACAAGAUAACAGUCCCAAUUAUCCUGGUCUGGUAGAUAUUCUCGAGGUACUGAACGUCCGCAAACAUGUAUCACGUCUCAUGCCUAGCUGUGCAAACAACAUCGUCGAGCCUCAAAUACUCAACUUCCAGGCCCGAUACGCUGGCAUACUCCAAUUCCGCCGUCAUACUCCUGUUCGCCCAGCUCAGAGUGCUACACAGGAACGCAUGCUUAAUGAGAUCUGGACGACCGGUCAGCUAGGUCAGGGUUCGGGUAAUGAUGCGGUGACAGUCAGUGAAGCAGCAUCGCAGAACCGGAACUGGGCAGGCUGGAAGAGAAUCGGUCUCUGGGUUGACGAAGAAAGUGGACUAGGGGAGGAGAGUGACCCGCUGCUUGAAGUCGAACUGUUCAGAGACGUGGGAGAUCUGGGGCUGGAGUGUCUUCACUUCUAUGUUACUCACGAAGACAAUUUCAGGAACAUCGUUAUUGAGCAGGAAGUACGCGAGGAGGCUAGGAGGUGUCCGAUUGGAAGGGCAAGCGCGGAAUGCGUCAAGAUCCUGUGCGAACACUACAAGAUAUCUCAAGCGGGUCAUCAUCCCCCACAUUCUUUCCAGCUAUUCCUCCUGCAUUUCCCCAGACUGCACUUCCUUGUCCUGCGCUUCUUCCUUCGCAUGUGGUCGGAGUCUGAAUCUCGCCUGCCGGACUUUGGUCGGCUCUCACUCCUUGUAAGAUCGCACGUGUAUCUAUCUUUGGCAGACGAAGUCGCAAAGACCUGGCUGAAUCUUGAGCAAGACUUUUUGGAAACGGAAUACCGCUCAAUUCGAGAUCGUCAGAUGGAAUUGCUGGAAAAGGAGGAUGGAAUGCUGACGCGUCCGACUGUGAGAGCAUUGCGGGAGAAGGUCGGAAGGGCUGCAUAUGAUGUGCUCGCGGAUCAGAGAGUCAGCUGCAUGCUGCAAGGCAAUUGGUUCAAUUCUUCCGCCGUCAUCGAGCCAAGUGUGACGCCCGUUGUGAAAGCAAAGCCAGCUUUACCUUUACGUUUUGUUCGGCUUUCGCCAAACAAGCGCAGCCUAGGCUGGGGAGAAUAUGCUCACCGUGAGCCAGUCAACCCUCCCUUCGAGAGUCUCAAAGAGCGCAUUGACAUUGCCAAUGUCACGGACGUGAGGAUGCAGACUGGAUGUGCGGUCGGAUCUCGAUCUCCCAAUAUUAUCUCAAAGCUUUCCUUCUCUCUCAUGUCUGGGCCUGAAUACUCCUUGCUGGAUCUGGACGCUAUCCAUGCAGCUCAACUAGCGGAGUGGACAGAUGGGCUGCGUGUCCUGCGAGGGGAGAGUGGCAUGGCAUCGAGGGAGACGUCUGAAUAUGUCCAUGUCUUGGGAGAACUCGCGCUCAAGAUUCACUUGCUUGACAUCACCGGAGACGGCAUCGAGCUGCCGGAGAAGGUGUCUUCCAGCUUAGCCCCACAAAGUAUCGACUUUUGGUUUGCCAAGUAAUAGGCAAACGUCGUACAUGCUGCCACCGGGAUAGGCUUCUCAUGCAUGGACUUUGCUCAUGUGU